UAUAAUGUACAUACACUCAGUUGUAGCGGAGUCAAUGAGACUGAUGGACAAUUCCUUAAUACAAUAUUAAGCAACGACGAUACUGCUCGAGAUUUAAGUCACUGCUACAAGUUUGCAACGUUUCUUUGCCAUGGAGCCGGAGGAGAAAAAUCCAGAGUCCAAAUAUGGUGAGCCAAGGAAAUUUGACCCCACAUUUAAAGGCCCAAUUUAUAACAGGGGCUGCACAGAUAUUCUCUGUUGUUUCCUGUUCAUCUUGGCCUUGCUGGGCUACUUCGCAGUUGGGAUUCUGGCAUGGUCUCAGGGUGACCCCCGUAAGGUGAUUUACCCGACAGACAGUAAGGGUCAGUUUUGUGGGCAGGAUGGCACUCCUCUUGAGAAAAAGCCUCUGCUGUUCUACUUCAACAUCAUGAAGUGUGCCAGUCCUCUGGUGCUGCUUGACUUUCAGUGCCCUACCACUCAGAUCUGUGUGGAGAGGUGUCCCACUAAAUUCAUGACUUUAGUGAAGGCUACAGGAAAUAAAGAUGAUAUGGAAUACUACAAACAAUUCUGCAAAGAGGGAUUUGACAAAUCCAAGACAGCUCCUGAAAUCCUGAAGGAUGGCUUGUGCCCUUCAAUAAUCACACCCAGCAAGCCUUUCACACAAAGAUGCUUGCCUGCUCUAGAGACCUUGAAAGGUGGUGUAGUCGUGAUUGGCAAUAAAACUACAUUCAUGGAUAAUGGAGAAAAUAUAAAUGCUACAGAUCUGCUUGAAGCCUCAAAGAAAUCCAAUGUAGUGGUUGAGGCCCGGGCUGUAGCCAUGAGGAUCUUUGAGGACUAUACGCAGUCCUGGCACUGGAUAAUUCUCGGUUUGGUGAUCGCCAUGCUGGUCAGUCUGAUCUUUGUUCUCCUCUUACGUUGUCUGGCUGGAGUUAUGAUCUGGGUUAUGAUCAUAAUGGUUAUCCUUGUCAUUGGAUACGGGAUUUUCCAUUGUUACAUGCAGUACGCCAGUCUGAAAGGACUGGCUGGUUCUGAUGUCACUAUCAAGGAUUUGGGUCUACAGACAGACUUCUCUGUAUACUUACAGAUUCAGCAGACCUGGCUUGCUUUCAUGAUCAUUCUGUGUAUCGUGGAAGUGGUGAUCAUUCUCCUCCUCAUCUUCCUCAGAAAGAGGCUCCUCAUUGCCAUUGCUCUCAUCAAAGAGGCCAGCAGAGUCAUCGGUCAUGUGAUGUCAUCAUUGUUUUACCCCCUGCUGACCUUUGUCCUACUGUCUCUGGUCAUCGCAUACUGGGCCAUCACCGCCAUAUUUUUGUCAACUUCCAAUGAGCCAGUGUAUAAAAUUUAUAAUACUACUGAGUGUGCAUAUUCCAGAGACUCUUGCAAACCUGAGACUUUCAACAGCUCAAAUAUCACCACCGAAUGCCCCGAUGCUGAGUGUCUGUUUGCAUUUUAUGGAGGAGAGACGUUAUACCACAAGUACCUGAUUCUGUUCCAGUUCUAUAAUUUAUUCCUUUUCUUCUGGUGUGCCAACUUCGUGACAGCACUAGGGCAGGUCACGCUGGCAGGGGCUUUUGCAUCUUAUUACUGGGCAUUCAAAAAGCCUGAUGACAUCCCUGCAUUCCCUGUCUUUAACUCUUUGGGACGGGCCCUCAGGUAUCACACUGGCUCUCUGGCAUUUGGGUCCCUCAUUCUCGCCAUCGUUCAGGUUAUCAGGGUCAUAUUGGAGUAUCUGGAUCAGAAACUGAAAGGUGCCCAGAACAAGUUUGCAAAAUUCCUGCUCAGCUGUUUAAAAUGCUGCUUCUGGUGCCUGGAAAAAUUCAUCAAGUUCCUUAACAGAAAUGCCUAUAUCAUGGUGGCAAUAUAUGGCAAAAAUUUCUGUACGUCUGCCAGAGACGCAUUCUUUCUCCUGAUGAGGAACAUUGUUCGUGUGGCAGUCCUUGACAAGGUUACAGACUUCCUCUUAUUUUUGGGCAAACUUCUCAUCGUUGGAAUUGUGGGAAUUUGUUCCUUCUUCUUUUUCUCGGGGAAAGUUAAGAUAGUAGAGGGAGCCACUCCAUCCCUUAACUAUUACUGGGUACCUAUAUUGACGGUGGUGUUUGGCUCCUAUCUGAUUGCCCAUGGCUUCUUCAGUGUAUACGCCAUGUGUGUGGACACACUCUUCCUCUGUUUCUGCGAGGACUUGGAAAGAAACGACGGCUCCUCCGACAAGCCGUUUUUCAUGUCCCCUGAGCUACACAAGAUUUUGUCUAUUGAAAUAAGCACAGAGGAACCAGACCAUGCGGAGACACCUGUCGUACAGGUACAAGCUGAGGAGGAAGUCCCACUGCAGGAGAACGGAGAGGUACAGCUCAAACAGCAGGCCGUUUUAAAGCAGGGCCAAGAAGAAGAGACGCCACUAAAUCAGGAGACCCUCACUGAAGAACCACCCCAAGAAGCACAACCUCUAGAGGCGCUUACAGCUACAGAGGAGAAACCUGAAGAACCGGUUACAACCCAAACACAAGAGCCUGAACCGCCACAAGUGGUCCCACAUCAAAAUGGACCACAUGAAGUGAACGCUGAUGACAAGGAUGAGCACGUGGCCCAACCACAAGCAGAAUCACCACCUCAGGAGGAGAACCUACAAGAAGAGGAACCAGAGGAACCAAAGCCUCAAGAAAAUGGACCUCAGGAGAGUGAGACUCUGCUAACCCCUCAGGAGUAGCUGUACAAAGAUCAGUGAAGUUGUUAAAUAUUUCAGAGUAGCCAGUCGAUUUCAUUAUGUUGGGAACUGUUGCACUUUUGUGGCUUUGGGAAGCCAUUAGUAUACAUUGGAAAGGACCUCCCGUCAUUUGAGUCGUAAUGUUUACUCAAACAAUCAGAUGAGAUUUUGAGAACUUUCUUGCUCUUAAUAACUAAAUCAUCACUCCUCAUAAUGGAUGGCAUGACUCUUAAAUAUGACGGCAACUGGCGUGUUCUCACAGUGGGUCUCGUUCACUAAUAAUAGCGUCGUUUUCACUUUGUGUACAGAAAAGCUUCUCGUACAAAAUUUUCACUGGAUACAUAACCAGUGUUUAAGUUACUCAAAAAAGUAAUACACUACAAAUCACAAACACCUUCUCUAAAAUUGUAAUUGGAUUACUUUGCAAUUACUUAGUUGGAAAAUGUAAUCACAUUACUAAUUACUUUACUUGAAAGUUACUUUCUACAACACUUCUGCUCGACAAAUUCAAAAUGUCAAUAUUUCCUCCUUGUUCGUUUUUGCAUACUAGUCAUCACUAAGCACAACAUGUUUCUCCUUUAUAAUGACUUGUUAGGGGGCGUACAUUAAUGUUAUGGAAACGCACACCGACGUAUAUAUGAACAUAAUACAUUUUUUUAAUGCAUUUUACAUAAAUAUUAUUUUUGAAAUGUAUGAAUAAAUCUAAUUAAAUCCAGUAACUGUAAUCAGAUUACAAAAAUUUAAAAUGUAAUCUGUUAAAUUAACCUACAGUAAUGAAUUACUUUGUAAUCAGAUUACACCCACAUUGUUCACAACAGAUGUGUUUGCACAUACAUUUGUUGCUCUUGUUCUAAUUUACAGUAGAUGAAUCUGGAUUAUUCUAAAUGAAGGUUAAUAAUUAGCAUAAUAUACGCCCCAGAAAUCUCCAUAUAAGGGAUUUCCGCACAACCAUUCCUGUGCAGAAAUUCAUCACUCUCUGCGAACGUAUCCUUGUGCUCUCUAAAGUUGCACUCUUGACUUCGAGAAUGCGUAGCAAGAUUUUCGACUAAAGCCAAUUGUGCAAUUUUCCAAACUAGUUGAAACACAAUAAACACAUUUUAUAUAGGCCCUUCGGUUUUACACACAAAUUUGUGUGUACAAAUGAUUAGCGAAUGAGACCCAGUAUGAGCUGCUUAGAUAGAUGUAAAUUGUUUAAGUGGAACUAAACCCCAUUAGAUAUGCCUACAAAGCACUUGUAGAAUGUGACUGUGUUUGUGUUUUGUAUAGAAUGUUUUUAUAUAAGGAUGUGUAAAAGUGUAAUGUAGGUGCUCGACUUGUGCCUAAUUAUUGUUGCGUAUCAAUGUCUUAAUAAUAUUGAAGAAUGCAAAAAGAUUUCGCAGUAUCGCUAUGUUUACAGCAACGACAGAAAAAAAAUCCUGUUUACAGUGAUAAAAGCCAAGACCAAACAAUGUCAUUUUGUAAGAAUUUGUGCACAUAUAUCUGAAAAACGUGUUUCCUAAUGUGACUUUUAUGGUGGAGAAAAAAAAAGAAGGAAAAAAAAACUUGCAUCACAAGUAAGUCGGCUUCAAAACAAUCAAAUAAACAAAAUGUACUACCCUUAUAUUGUACAUUGAUCUGCUGUGGCAGGUAUUGUAUUGACAGAUUGCAACCUUUUCAAUGCCUGAUAUUUGUCUCUAUUUGCCUCUCUAUUGCCUCUUUUUCUACCUCUGUGCUUCACUUUUCUCAAUCUUUGCAUGUUGUUAAUGUAAUCUCCCAGUGCUUUAAUAAAUUUAACUCUCUUUUUUGCUACUCCUGCUGUUAUUUAUUUCUUGGCUAAUGUUUCAUAUUAUAUAUUUUACUUAGUAGCCCCAAAAAGUAAGCCUAUUUGCACACCUAGAUAUUUUGUAUCUAAUGCAAUGAAAUUCAUAUACUAUUAAGUGUGGCUUAAGUGUCUACAUUUUGGGGGGUCCAGUAGACACUUCAAAUGCAA